AUGCAGGAGGGAGAUAGAGAAGAGAAGAAAAUCAAAGAUGGCCAGAAAGUGUUGAACCUCAAGUGCCAGGAGGAUAAUCAAGAAGAGAGGCUGGAUGGUGUGGGGGGCAACAGAAGGACAACAAAAGAAGGAUCCAGUGAUUUGAAAUUCCAGAACCUCUGUCUGCCGAAAAAUAGGUCAUGGCCUCAAAUCAACAGCACCGCAGGCCAGUCCCGGGCUAUGGACGAGCCUCUUCUCGAAUGUGAAAGGAACUUUGCUGCGGCAGUUCUGGAUGGAACGAAAGAUUACAGGGAUGGCGACUACGAAGACCCUGAGCUUCACGUGGUACAGGCGUGGAAAUCGAUACAAAUUUUACCAGCCAGGCCUAUAAAGGAAUCGGAAUACGCAGAUACACGCUAUUUCAAGGGUGUGAUGGAUACUCCCCAUCCCUUAGACACCAAGACCUCUGUCCCCACAGAGCACCAUCCCUGGCACACACAGAUGGGGCUGGAAAAAGUGGACAAACCCAUCUUCAAGGAUUCCAGAAGCCAACAUGUUAAAGGAGACAGACCCACAAAAGGAAACAAGACUCCUUUACCACCUCCUCGGCCACCUGUCACUCUUCCAAAGAAGUACCAGCCCUUGCCCCCCCAGCCGGAGAGCCGCCGGUCACCCCUUCCUCAGAGGAUCAGCUUCCCCGACGUCCAGAAAGGGCCCAGGCAGAUAAGCUUAAAGGACUUAAGUGAGGUCCUUGGAACAGAGAGAGUUCCUCAUUACCAGAUGAAGCCUGAAUCAGUUCACCUGUCACAAAAUCAAAGCACUCCAGAGAUUCCUCUUGCCAUUGCCAGUUCGCCAUUCAUGACCAGGAACCACAGUGUACAAAACAGAGAUCAUAAAGAAAGCAUGCAGUUUCAUCCUCCUCAGAGAUGUCAGUCUCCAGCCCGCUGCAGCCCUCAGGAAAAUUUGCUUCACUAUAAAAACACAAGCUGGAGAAAACCUUUCCCUACGAGGUCUGAUGCAAAGGAUGUUCAGCAGAAUGACUGGUACAUCGGAGAACACAGCCGCAAGGCAGUAGAAGAGGCAUUAAGGAAGGAGAACAAGGACGGCACUUUCUUGGUCCGAGACUGUUCCAUGAAAUCCAGGGCAGAACCCUACGUGCUGGUGGUGUUUUAUGGGAACAAAGUCUACAAUGUGAAAAUCCGUUUCCUGGAGAAGAAUCAGCAGUUUGCCCUGGGGACAGGACUGAGGGGAGAUGAGAAGUUUAAUUCAGUGGAAGACAUCAUUGAACACUACAAGUAUUUCCCCAUCGUACUAAUUGACGGGAAAGACAAAACCGGAAUCCACAGGGAGCAAUGCUACCUGACUCAGCCCCUCCCCCUUAGCAGGUGCUUCUCACCUUGGUAG